AUGGGGUCCACAAAAGAAGGGAAGAAACAGUUGACACUCAUACUUGAAUGGGUAGCACAAUACCAGCUACAAAAGAAACAAAUGAGUGAAGCAGCAGCAACUGAAUCUCUUAAUGAAUCGAACCCAAACCCUAACUACGGUUUCCAGUGUAACACUGGCUUCAAUCCAUCGCCAUGGAUACCACCUCCCCGCAAGCCCUUUUACCCAAUCCCUACGUUCAUGGGGUUUGAAGGCGAUCCUUACUGUGGGCAGCAGAAACUGGCAGUUUCUGCUAUCAAAAAAUUUGCAGAAAAAGCGAUGAACAGGUUUUUUAGUAGUGCUUCUGCUUCUCCACCACCUGAGGCACCACAACUACAUCCUGAGAAGCUCAGGAUGAAACCACAAAACCAUCGUAAGCAUGGUUCUGUGGACAAGCAAUCGGAGGCAAUUUGCUACAAUAGAAAAUUCUUUAUGCUAUUAUCCGUGGUUGGAAAACAGAAGGUGCUGAAGCAGAGUGAUGUUGGAAAUCUUGGAAGAAUUGUGCUUCCAAAGAAAGAAGCAGAAUCUCAUCUGCCAAAACUUGAAUCAAGGGAUAGAAUUUCAAUUGCUAUGGAAGAUAUUGUAACUUCUCGUGUUUGGAACAUGAAGAAUAGAUUUUGGCCGAAUAACAAGAGAAGGAUGUACCUUCUGGAGAACACAAAUAAUAUAAACACAUUCCACUAUGAUCCUGCUAACAUCUUACUAAAAGAUACUUCUGGAGAUUUUGUGCGAGAUAAUGGACUUCAAGAAGAGGACUUCAUCGUAAUAUAUGCAGACAUCAAGUGUAGCAAAUAUUUGAUACGGGGAGUAAAAGUUAGACAAAUUGGACAAAAAGCAGAUAGCAAGAAACCAGCAAAGAAAAACGCCUGCAAUUCGUCUUAUUCCAAAGUAUGUUAUAACACGUUUCAUUAG